AUGCGAAGAACAGUCGACCAGUGUCCUGCCGACAUUGUCUUAGCACCAUCAAGGUGCCCCUUGACUGACCUCGAGUACGCCGACGAUGUUGUUAUAUUCGCGGAAAGCAGAACGAAACUUCAACAUGUUGUCAACCUUGUAUCGAAGCUGGCUGCAGCCUACGGACUACGCCUACGCCCUGAUAAACGCAAGCAGAUGUGGAUCUCUUCGAGACCUCGAACGGGAAUCAGGGUGGACGGACAACCGAUAGAACUCGUCGAUGAGUUCUGGUACCUAGGCUGUAUGCUGAAGAACAACGGCAGCUACGAGAGAGAUGUUCAGCAAAGAUGCGCUAAGGCCACUUCUGCAUUUAACUCCUUAACGAAAUGUCUGUGGUCGACCCCCAUCACCAACGAAGUCAGGCUGCGAAUCUACCUAUCUGCAAUUCGCCCCAUCGAGAUGUACGGAUCGGAGACUUGGGCAGCACCAUCAACGGUUAUGGAGAGGCUUGACUGCACGGAACGAAAGGUGCUUAGACGGCUAUUUGGCUACUUUUGGCGUAGGGUAUGCCACAAUGAAGAUCUUUCCGCAGAAAUUGAUGUGGUUUACCGGCGGAUGACACGUGGAAGAUAUCAACAUCUUGCCUUCGAAAGCGGCUAA